UCUUUCCUGUUCGAGACAUUUUCUCGCUUUCCCAGGAAAACUGUUUUGUACCUGGAGGGCAUGAAUUUCAAAGCGAAGUUUAAAGGUAUAAGUAAAUACCUUACACGUGAAUAAAGCGAUCAGGAGGACCUGUUGUUUGCUGUUAUGUUUCUUUAGAUCGGUAUAUUUUCUAUGACGUUAUUUUUCGUUUCAGCAAAAUGGCAGCCAAUCGUUAUGUUUUUGUUUUAAUCGUCACAUUAUACAAUUUUAUUUUGUUUUGUAAUGUAGUUUCGGCAAUGUCGGGAGGUUUUUAUGCAGACAAUGGACGUGAACAAAGUAUUUUAUAUGAACCUUUACGAGAGGAAGAAAAACAUGAGCUUGAGGAAGAAAUUCUUCACUUAUUGGGACUAGAUCAUAGGCCCAAACCUAGAAAUCAUGAUAUAUACAGUUCUGCGCCAAAAUACCUACUCGAUGUUUAUAAAACUCUGGAGGAAGAUAAUGCUGUUUUGCACGAGAAUUUAGCUAAUGCUACAAAAAAUCGAAGUCAUGGUGCUUUGAAAGACACAGAUUUCAUCGUAAGUUUUGUUAACAAAGUUCAUCAUCAAUAUCCUCACUUGCGACAUGAACGAGACAGACGAUUUUGGUUUGAUAUGACUGAAACAUCUUUGCAAGAUGAAGAAAUAGUUGGAGCAGAGUUACGAAUUUAUAGAAACUUGACCAAUAAUCACUUGCAUGAUAAAAAUACCAAAUAUGUUCUGAGCCUAUAUGCUGUAUCUGAAAUUAAUACCAAUAUAAAUACUUUAGACUUUCUGGAUGAAAUCAUGAUUUCAAAUGAAGACACUGGAUGGUUGAUUUUUAAUGUUACUGAACGUGUCAUGGAAUGGAUUGCAUUUCCAAAGAAAAACUUAGGCCUGUACUUGAAGAUCAAAUCUUCCACUGUUUCUCAUAGUGUUGAUCCACAUGAUUUGGGUAUUGUGGGCUCGAAAGGAUCUGAAGAAUUUCAGCCAUUCAUGCUAGCUUACUUUAAAACACCAAUUAAGCAAGUGCGUGUAAGAACUAAAAGGGCUAUUAAAAAGAAGCAACAAGAAACUUAUUAUGACCAUGAUACUUACAACCCUUAUACAGGUGCUGGUCAAGAAAGAUAUAAUUCACGAAGAAAUUGUCAGAGAUGGACUUUGUACGUCAGUUUUCGAGAUUUAGGUUGGCAGGAUUGGAUUAUAGCACCUGAUGGAUAUGGUGCUUUCUAUUGUCAUGGUCACUGCCAAUUUCCAUUGAAUGCCCAUAUGAAUGCCACAAAUCAUGCCAUAGUACAGACUUUAGUCCAUCUCAUGGAUCCAUCAAAGGUUCCAAAACCAUGCUGUGCACCAACCCAACUUUCUGCAAUUACAGUGUUAUAUUUUGAUGACAGUUCUAAUGUUAUUUUGAAGAAGUAUAAAAAUAUGGUUGUCAAAUCAUGUGGAUGCCAUUAAUAUGUAAAAUGUCAAAUUAUGUGAAUGCCAUAAAUAUAGGAAACUGAAAUGCUAUAUAAGAAAAGAAAUAAAUAUUAUAUAUGAAACUGAAAUGCUGUAUAAGAAAAGAAAUGAAUAUUAACCACAUUCAAUAUAAACCCAAAUUCUGUGAUAUAUUAUUUGAAUGAUAUGAUGAAGCCAUAUUUUUAGCUUGUUUCUUGUUUAUAAUAAAUGUAAAAUUAUAUAGGAUAAUCAAAAGAUGUGCUUAUGGGCUUUUUUCCUGCAAGUAUUAGUUCUAAACACAUAGAUCCAAUUAUAUAGUUUCUUAAAUUAUAAUGCAAAAUUUUUAAAACAUGUCUAAAUCUGCAAUCUCUCUUUCUCUCUAUAUACAAGUAUUUUGAGUUAAUAAAUUAUUGCAUUGUGACAAAACGAUUUUUAGAGAUCUACAGGUUGAUUUUUCAAAUUCAAGUGUAACAUAAAACUAAUGUAAAUGCGCUCGAGGGAAAAAAGAGACAGCAUUUCAGUGACAAUAAACCUUUUAAUGCAGAUUAAGAAUCUCAAAUUGACACAAAGCUUCUCUUUGGAUUACUAGAAAACAAAAUAGUUCUGUAUUAUGUAUGUAAUAUAUGGCAUUAAGAAUAGCUUUCAUCGAUUAAAGUAGUUCUGAAAAUGGUGCAAAAUGAUGAACUAGAUAGAUUUUAAUUUAACUUUAGUUAGAUUAUGAAUAGUUCGAGAUGUAUUUUUAAAAUCAUAUGACACUCAAUUUUUUACAAAUUUACAAAUUUUGUACACUGUCCAUUUACCCAGCACAUGAAUGAAAGUUUUUCUGUUUCAUGCAGGUAGCAAUAAUUGCUAGGUUACAUGAAUAAUAAAUAGCCUGAUAGCACAACAUAUUAUAUGACUUGAUGUAAUGGAAGAACUGAAGAAUUUAGAUUCCACUAAAAAUAUUAAAAACAAGUUUCUUUUGAAUUUUAUAAUUUGAUUUAGACAAAGUGUAUGGAGGUUAUCCCAAUUUUGACCAGGGAUCCUUGGGAAAUCUUGACAGAAACUGUGGAUCUCGUAUCAACCUAUUAUAUCAUGUCUGAAGUGUGGUAGGAAGUGAAGAUUUUUGUAAAGAGUAGCAAAUAACAUAUUAAAUGCUGUUAAUGCUAAUGAGAAUUAUUAUACACUCUGUAUACAGGGGAAAAAUAAAUUACAUUAUAUCACAGACUGGUAUUUGAAUGAGCUUUAAACAGUUGAAAUGAAAUGACGCACUUUAUUUUAUUGCAGCUGCUGAAAAGAUACUCUUUCUUAGUAAAAAAAAAAUAAUAAUAAUAAUUGUCAUUGUAAGCUGAUUGUUCUGUUUUGUUUAGACUUGAUUAAAAUCAGUAUUAUGCUUUAAAAUUCAUCAUGUAAUUUCCUCUUUACAAUAAACAAUGUAUAUGUCAAUCAAAACAAUUUUUCAUGCAAUGAGUUUUAUUCUUUUUUACUAAUAAGUGCUUAUUAGUUGUAACAUGCUUUGAUAUUCAAUUUCAAGGCUUGGAUUUAACUAUUAAAGCAGCUAGCAGCCAGAAGGCAUCAUAGCUGUUGGAAGGUAAAUGAAAUAUAUUACUUGAAAUGCAAUAGCUUUUAUUUUAAAGUCAGAUCAUACAGAUAUAGUCUUGCUGUGCUAACUGCACAGUUCUGCCUCAGUUUUGAGGGAGAACAUCUUGGGGGUUGGUCAAAAAGCCCCCCACUUUUACCCUACCAUUCAACUUCACAAAAGUACUUUUUGAAUGCAAUGUAUUUUGAGUGCCCGCUUGCCGCGCAUACACUAUACACUUACAAGCAUUCAUGCCUUCUCCAGAAUUCGAAACUAGGCCCAUCGAUACAGGUGUCAAUGUCACUAAACACUAUAUUGGCACAUUAGAAUUUAUCUGCUAUAGUUCUGAUUUAAAAUUUAAAAAAAAAAAAAAAAAAAAAAAAGAGAGAGAGAUUAAGUUAAUAUAAAGAAGGGAAGAAAACUGGUGGAAGAAAGAUUACUUUCUGAAUUUUUAUUGGUGCAUUAAGGGAUUAAUGAUUUCAUUUGGCUGUAAAAGCAUGAAUCAUUAUAUUUGUAGCUUUGGCACUUUUUUUAUGAAAAUUACAAAUAAAGUUUAUGAGAUUUUUUAAUAAACACAUACUAAAUAUUAUAUGAAACUUUAUACUUGCAAGUAUAUGUCUGGUGUCAGGAUUUGAGGAAAUAAAGCCCAUAGUCACCUUUUUUGAACAGCCUGUAUGAUUUACAAUUUUUUUAAUGAUGUUGAAAUAUUUUUCCAUAAUUUGUGCCUGAAAAAACUGAACCAAUUUCAUCAUAAGAUUAAAGAGUAAAUUUCAUUGAGAAACUAGUUUUUUUGGUAUAAAUAUUAUUUAAUGAAAUAUUUUACAUACUAAUAAAUACAUACAUUUUAUCUAAAAACAUUUUGCAAGUUUCAUUAUGAGACCGGUGAGUGAAAUAUUUUAAAAGUCUUGUAUUUGGUGAAAUUGAAUUAUCAGUAUAUUAAUCUAGAGUAGUUUAUCUAAUGAAGCAAGAAAAGUCUUUCUUUAAGUGCAAAUGCUAUUUUAUAUUUUCAUGCAAGGAAAAAAAAAAAGAUUCUGUCAGAUAUAUAUUUGUGAUAAAAAUAUGAAUAUUUUAAUUAUGAGUUAUGUCAUAGUAAUAUACAUAAUUUUUCAUACAGAUUUGUGAUAAAAAUAUGACUAUUUUAAUUAUUACGUAUAUCAUGGUAAUGUACUUAAUUUUUCAUGAUGUAAAUAUGCAUGAAAUGAAUUGCAAUUAUGUUCAUAAAGGUUUUUUAUUUUUAUUUAUAGCUUUUUAUUUUAAUGUACCUCAGGUAUAUUUUAUAUGUGAUGUGCCUUACCAAUAAAGUGCCUUUUUUAUGUUUUUCUGAUAUGAGUUUUCUGAGCCAUAGAGCCUCUUAAGCGUUUUUUAUAUCAUUGUUUAUAUUAUUGAUUUUAAGAUAUUUCAUUAUUCAUUUAGCAUAGAAAAGAAAAACCUAAACAUAUAUAUAAAUAUAUAAAUUAUUAAAUUGUAUAACGUAAAAUAUUGGAUUUUGAAAGGUAAAAUAAAGAGGCUAGAAGGACAGAAAUUCUUUAAAAAAAUUAUUAUAUGCCUCUAUAUGUUUUCGUCAAUAAGUAGAAAAUUCCAAGAUUCCUUUAUGAAAGAAAGCUCUGGGUCUAAAUGAGAAAAACAUCAAAAGUGCUUCAACUUCUGUAAAGUUUUGAUUGUUGAAAAAUUUACCAGCCAAAUGAAUUAUCCCAAUCUAGAAAGAGUGACAGUUUGUUGGGCUAACGUCUGAGCUGUAAGAUGAGGGAAGAGCCAUAUUGUAGUUGAUUUUUGUUAGUCACUUUUUGGUAUAACUGUAAAACAAGAUGUGGCAGUUUUUGUUCAUUUAUGAUGGCUACUAUCUGCUAAGUGCGUGGUAUCAGUUUCUUGAUUGUGAAACUAUGCUGUUAUGGUUGACCCAGAUAGCAAUAAAUUGUCAUAGAUGACUUCCUAUGUAAGUCUGCACACACUGGUGUGUAAAUGGUCUUCUUUAAACCUAAGAAGAAUCCGAAUCUUCAUCAAAUAACUACGACCCUGUUUGACAACAUUACAACAUUUAUCAAACAGGAUCAAAUUCUUUAACAUUCCUGGUGCCCUUAGUAUGGUACUGUCUUGGGAAAACACCCAAUGUAGAAGUUAUCCUUGCAUUAUCUUAAGGGGAUUUUAAUCGAAAAUUGUUUUUAUAUGAUGCAUUUUUUUACAUAUUGGUAAUCUUAUUUGGUCUUUUACGAUUAAGGCUGAAAAUAUUUGUGCAGAACGUUUUUAACCGUGUGUUCAUUAACAGCAUUUUUACUAAAGCUGCGUUAACAUUAUAUGCUGCAUUUAAUACGCUGUGGUUUAUUUUCCUUUUAUAAAGGUAAAGAGUACACAAACUGUUUCCCUGUAUCAUCUUACUCUGAUGUUUGCAAAUGCAGUUUGCUGAAAUCUGACUUUCACAUUACAAUAUUAAUUGUUCAUGCAAAUUAAAGGAAUGCUUUUCAAGAGUUUAUUAUUCCUUGUUAAACUGUAUUUCUAUAAAUAGGAAUUCAUUUAAUAGUCUUUCAUAUGAAAAUGUAAGAAAUUGUUUAUGUAAAUAUAUUUUUGUAUGUGCUUAUUUUUUAUUAAUGAAUCUCAUGAGCAAAAUGCUUGUCUUACUUUCCUUACGCUUCAGAAUUAUAAUAAAUUUUUUGUUUUAAAAA